AUGGAUUUGAAGUGGGUUAUUUCUGAAGAGGAGAGAACUCGUCACGAUGCCUUAUUUUACAGUCAAAAACCUAAGGAUCAAUAUUUAUCUGGUGAGAAAUGUGGGAUGUGUGAAAGCGAUGGCGGCUUCGAUCGCGCUCAUCUGUGCAAAUAUUUCUUCACAUUUUUUGUUAUAUUUUUCAGGUGAACAGGCUCGUUCUUUGUUCAUACGAUCCAAACUACCUUUACCGGAGCUCAGUAAGAUCUGGUUGGUUUAA